ACGUACCUUUGUGAAGUAGUGGUAUAAGAGAUUUGCCAGUCAAUUGUAGAGACGACAUUUCAUCGGAAUCUUGAUCCAUUGUCGAGGGGACGGGUUUGUAAACUUGGUACAUUUUCUCCUACCCAAUUGGUACGUGACAUCUCCAACAUGUGGUGACGCUGACACGAGAUAGGACAAGACACUAGACGACACGUCACGUCACGUCACGGCACGUCAAACCAGCCACAGUUCAUAAGUACCUAAAAGAGACGAGAUUACAUCAUGUCGAAAAAGAUUAUUUGUCUGUUCGAUGUAGAUGGCACACUCACUGAACCACGACAGCCAAUCGAUCCAAAUGUUGAAAAGUUUCUUCUGGAAACGGUGAAAAAAGAAUUUGACAUUGCAGUAGUUGGAGGUUCAGAUUUAAAUAAGAUCCAAGAACAACUGGGUGGUGGUAGUGUUUUUGAAAAAUACAAAUAUGUUUUUGCGGAAAAUGGCCUCAUUGCCUUCAAGAAUGGUAAAGCUUUGCCAUCACAAUCAAUCCAGGAUAUGCUUGGAGAAGAUGUUUUGCAGGAUUUUAUAAAUUUCAUCUUAAGAUACAUAUCUGAAUUGAAACUGCCGUUUAAGCGUGGAACAUUUAUAGAAUUCCGCACGGGUAUGAUGAAUGUUACACCAGUGGGACGAAAUUGCAGCAAAAAAGAACGGGAACAGUUUCAUGAAUAUGACAACGAACAUCAUAUUCGCGAAAAAUUCAUACAGGUCCUUAAAAAAGAAUUUCCUGAUUUGGCGCUGACUUAUAGUAUUGGAGGACAAAUCUCUUUCGAUGUUUUUCCUGUUGGUUGGGAUAAAACAUAUUGUUUGCGUCAUAUUCAGGGAUAUGACGAGAUACAUUUCUUCGGCGACAAAACGGCCGAAGGCGGUAAUGAUUAUGAGAUUUACGAGAGCGAUUUGACGAUAGGACACCGCGUCACUUGUCCCAAGGACACCAUAAAUCAAUUAAAUGUCCUUAUGGCGCUCGUAAAAGAAAACAGAGAGAAGGAACAACUUAAUGUUCCGAUGCAAUAGUUAAGGUCUAAAAACCAAAUAUUUUUCUAGGUCAAGAUAAAUUUGCAUCUUUAAUCAAUGUAUACAUUAUGUAUAUUAGAUUCGUUUCGUUCGUUUUAUUUUUUUUUUAACAUCCUUUUGUUAAUUAUGUUACAUUCCUGACGAUAGAAAUAUAAGGAUUGUUAUAAUUUCAAGUAGAAUUUUUCAAUACUUUCCAAAAUUCUCGGCACAGAUGUUUUCGCACACACUUAGACAUAUAUUUGUAUAUAUAAUUGUGAUUUUAUUAUCACUUAAUAUAUACACAGAAGUUAUGACUAUUAAAUAAAAAGGUUAUUGGCGUUGUGAG